CAGACAGAUGCGGAGAGACGUGAUUGGUCCGUCCCGGUGGGAGUUUCCGCAUUCCGCACGGAGCGGACGGACUGCAGGAGCGCAAGUGGCGGAAGGGCAGUCGCGUCUUUGAAGAGACUCUUGAGUCAUUCCCAGGGGGAGUCAAGGAGCGCAGCCAGGAAGCAGGAAUGCCUUACCUGCUCAUCAGCACGCAGAUCCGACUGGAGAGCGGUCCAACAAACGUAGGAGAUGAGUUUUCUGAUCCAGAGGUCAUGAAUUACCUGGGAGCAAGAAAAACAACCAUGCUAGGAAACAACUUCUCUGAAUACCACGUGGACGACCCACCUCGCGUUGUGCUGGACAAGCUGGAGAAGUGGGGCUUCCGAGUGCUGGCCAUGACGGGCGUGGGACAGACACUGGUGUGGUGUCUCCACAAGGAGCUGGUGGUGUGACUGAUCAGAAAGCUGCAGCAUCUAAAUAUUUUCAGAUGUCCUUUCAAAGAUUGUUUUUUGUUUUGUUUUGUUUUUUCAGCAGGACAUUUCUGAGAUCCAUUAUUUCCUUCUAUUUGCAACCAAACAGACAUUUUAAACUUUUAAGGUUUGAGACUGAAUAGCUGAGAAAUUUCAGAAAUGUUGUUUUACUGGCAUUAUGGUGCCUCCCUGUAAUACGAGUAAAGCUCUGUUAGACAAAGAUGUUGAAAUAAUGUAAAGUUAGUUAUGUGCACAGUUGUUAAAUAAAUAAAAAAAAAUUUAAACAUGCAAAAA